AUGUGCUCGACUUGGUUAAAGGGUAUAACGUUAUUCCUGUUGAUCUCUACUGUCUUGGCUCAAACGGGACAAGAAGGAUGCACUACUUGCGGUCGUCUUGGAUCAGGUAGUAAUCCAUGCAGCUGUAACAAUGUCAUUGUCGAAGCUACCGAAGUGGCCAAGCCUAUACUGUAUGCGGCUCCAGAAGCAAUAAACGAAGCUGCGAUCGUUCGCGAAGGUGGAAAACCUGCAUGUUCCGAAACGCAAAUUAAUGCAUUGAGUUUCUCGGAAAGUAGUAUAAAUGACGAUACGAUAAGUCCGAGCGACAAUAGUUUUAGCUCGCCAAUCGCCACAGAUCUUUCCAGAAAAUAUCAUUCUUCCGAGUUGACGGAUAUCGUUCAGACAGAACCAACGUAUCCAAAUUCAAACGUUCAAAUAGUACCCAAUUUCUCGCCUGUCAAUAAUCCUUGUAACCCGAGCAAAUUAGCGGCUAUAAUAUCGGGAACGCGCGUCAAAGUCACUCCUGCAUAUCCCGUUAAAAUGAAAUGUUGUCAAGCUAAUCCUUAUCAAGCAUGCAUCAAUUACAUUUCGGGUAUUCGAGGUGAUCCUUUAAGCGUGAAAACUCAUAUUGGGACUUCUAUUGGAUCGCCCCAAUUCGGAAUUGGAAGUUACGAUACCUCUAGCAUCAUUUACGAUACUUCUAACGGAUUGCCUAGAUUAGAGACCGGAAAUGGCGAUUACGGUAUAUCUAGUAUGAACCACGACACUUCUAUUCCUUUCGGAGCUACCUUCGGAACUCCUAUCGGAUUGCCUCAAUCGGAAUUUGGAAGUUACAGUAGCUCUAGCAUCGCGUACGAUACACCUAAUCCUUUUGGAAUUUCUAACAUCGUUUCAGGUAUUCGUACUCCGUUCGAAGAUAUACGUUAUGGAAUUCCUUUUGAACGUCGGCUAAAAGAUCAAUUACCAGCAGAUCCUAUAUCGUUGACACUAGCCUAUAAAAAUCUCGUAGCACCAAAGAUAUAUUACAACAAAGGAAAGAAAUUAGUAUCGGAGGGAAGCUUAUCGUUCGGACAGAGAACAUUGCCGAUCGAACUGAAGAAAGAAAAGAAAUUGAUCGACGUACCCGAAGAAAAACUCGUGACCGUCGAUAGGCCCAUCAUGGAAUUGAAACUCUCUCCGGCGAGUUCUAUAAUGAUAGGAGAUAACGACGACGAAGAGGAUGAUACCUUUGCCGAGCUUGAAGCUAUGGAACGAGAACAUUUGGAACAGAGAGAACAACUCGAUCGCGUGGCAUCGAAUUUUUUAACUUACGGAGACGUAGGUUACAGACCGAUAGACGUGAAUGUUGUCAAGCCAAACAUUGCCAUAAAUGCACCCUCGUUAAAUCUUCAAGGAGUAGAUCAAAGAAUCGUAUCGAAUGGAGAAGAAAAUGGCAUCGAUGGAAAAUUAAUCGGACAAAAUGUAGGACAUAGAUCGAUAGGAGGCUGUGGACCGAGUGGUCCACCUCUACCAGGCUACGUACCAGGAUCCGUAAUAGUUCAACAACAAAUUGAAAUGGAGAAACCACAAGAGAAUGAGCAAAUCGAUAUGGAUUCUUACAAUUACAACGUCGAUAACGUUGAAACUAACGAAGAAGUCGAACGUAAUUCAGGUUUGGGAAUCAUAGCUAGAUUGCGAAAUGCGGCUCAAAGAAAUAAAAUAUCGUCCUUGUGUUUUCAUUGACGUGACAUAUUUUCCCUCCUCAUAAAGUUCCUUUAUGCGGAACU